GUUGCAGAAAAUCGUAAGAAAAAAUUUUCUUACAAAAUGGGUAACAUCGCGUCGAUGCAGUACAAAUGUUUUCUAUAUUCCAAGUAUCUUAAAAAUAAUGCAAGUAUUAGAAUGCAUUCGUCAUUAUCGCACAUAGAUGAAACUGGUAAAGCGAGUAUGGUAGAUGUUGGAUCGAAAAACGAUAGUAAACGCGUAGCAAUAGCAAGGGGAUUCGUGAAGACAGGUCCUAUUAUUAGCAACUUAAUCGCGGAAAAUAAUAUAAAGAAAGGUGACGUGUUAUCGGUGGCUCAAUUGGCCGGUAUCAUGGCAGCGAAACGUACGUCUGAUCUCAUACCACUGUGUCAUCCGCUCUCCUUGUCUUAUGUAAACGUACGCUUAAGAUUGAACGAGGAAUCGCACACAGUCGAAAUUACAUCAGAGGUCAGAUGUAUCGGCAAAACCGGCGUUGAAAUGGAAGCUUUAACCGCUGUGAGCAUAGCGGCUCUCACAAUCUACGAUAUGUGUAAGUACGCGGCUAAUCCCGGCACGAUGCAAAUAUACGGUAUAGAAUUGGUGUCGAAGACGGGCGGUACAAAGGGUGACUUUGCGAUAGAUAAAGCUUAGACAGUAUCUUUAUCCUGUCAAAUUAUCAACCGGAUGAAGAUUCGUUCUACUGUGAUUACAAUUAAAUAAUACGGAGCAGAGUACAAGAUUCCAAAAUGCUCAAAUACGUCUAAAGAAAAGAAAGAUUGUUAGAUUAUUUAGAUUAUUUAAAAUCUAUUAUGCACAUGGAAUUUUAUACAUAUUUUACAUGGUAAGGGGAGAUAAUUAUAUUUUACAUACAUAAUAUAUCAGUGAAGAAAGCAUAAUCAUUUUUUUUGGAACGUACUUUUGUACUUCUGUAAAUGAUUAAUGUAAAGAUAAGCUAUUAUUUGGUUACGCACAACAAUGAAAACCAUGACGGCUCCAACGAAUCAAUAAUUUUUUUCCUAAUUUUUCCUUUUAUAAAAGGAAUUUCGUAAGUGAUGUAAGAUCCUAAAUAUAAGUGGAAAAAAUUUAGGCAAAUAUGAAUAAUCAGGUAGAUAUGGAUAAUCAGAUAUAUUUAUGUGAAUAGAAAAUGUGUCUGUGUAAGUUUAAACGCGAAUAAGUAUACAUUUAUUUUAAUCAAAAGAUUGUUUAAAAAAAUGUUACUACGAUUAUGUACAUAAUAUUAGAAACAAAAAAUUUAUAAAGAAUUCAUACGCAUAGUCAAGAAAGUUAGAAGGGAAAUUAGGAGCAAAGUGCAAUAACUAGAAAUAACGCAGUGCUCGUAUUGUUGUACCUUGAGAACUACCUACCGACUUGCACUUUUUAAUAAGCAUUUAAUAUUACCGCGAGGAUGAAUGCCAGAGGAACGAAAGCGCCCGUUGAAGAAAAUACAAAGGAGUAGUAAUACGUAAAAGGAUCUUACCAAGAGUUAUCCUUAUAUUACGAGUCGCAAAUGAUUCAUAUUGUAUUUAAAAAAAAAUAUUGUUACGUUGUUGAAAGAUUCUAUUGCAAUAUAUUGUUUAAUAUAUAAGAGAA